AUGAAUAAUAAACGUAUCAUUAUCUGUGCAUUUGUGUUGGUUGCUGGCUAUUCAAUGGUUUUCAACUCGAGUAUUAAUUUUUACAAAGCAUAUGAAGAAUCCGUUAAUCGGGAACCUAGCGUGCACACAGACAAAGGAAAUGAAUGGAAAUUAUUGUCAAGGCCGAAGCGUCAACUGCAAGGAGACACGGAAAAUAUCCAAUUUAAUGCAACUUUUAUUGGAAAUGACACGAUUCUGGUUGAGAUUAAUUUUUUAAAUCCUACAACGCAGACUGAAAUAAAUAUCGCCAAAGACUUAGUUUUGCAAUUCUACGGUUUUCCAAACCGCACUCUCAUCAUUCACAUAAAUGCAGAACUGAUAACAACACCACAUCCAUCGACCACUGACAUCGUAUCAACAACACAGUCAAUACCAAGUGAUCUAUAUACCAGUGAAGAUCCAACGACGGAAACACCAAUGACUGGCGGACAAAGCACAGUUGCAUCCAGCCCGAUAACGGAUUCUACACCAGCUUUUCCAAAAAAUACAAGUUCACAACUGCUAACAACGUCGUUGUCUGAUGCCGGGACACCGGAUUUCCACGAAGAAUCCACUACAGACAUUGCAACAACUUCCGAAGAAGUUAAGAUAACUACAGGAACCGAGCUUGAUGAAAUUACCACUACUCAACCACCAAUAAUCGAUGGCAUUUCAACAACAACCACCAUGAGUAUGAAUACCACAAUGGCUGACAAACAAAAUACAGAAGUAUCGACCAUGGUACCAGUUUCUACGACAGAUGUAUCAAAAAAUAGAACCUCACAAUCGACUACCACAAAUGCCAUGUUAACAACGUCUGAUUUCGUAGAGACUACGUUCAUCAGUGGAGCUAUGAACACUACAGUUUCUGAACAAAGUACAGUGGUAUCAAUCACAGCAACGGAUUCUACAACAGAUCUAGCACAAACUACAGCCUUACAUGCAAUAACUACCGAUUCCAUUUCAUCUACGUCAUCUAUCGCAGUUACUACUAUUUUCAGUGAAGGUUCAACUACAGACAUUGACACAACCUCCGAAGAAAGUAUCAUGACGUCAACUGCGUUAAAUGGGUCUGAAGAAAUUUCAACCUCCCAACCACUAAUAACCGAUGACACUUCAACAAUCGCCAUGGUGACUACUGGCAUAAUUGAAGCUACCAUCCUGGCCUUUGAGAUACCUCUAGCAAACAGGACGUUCAGUUCAAAUCUUUCGAAUUCUAGUUCGGAAGAAUACAUGAAUUUGACAAUGCAAGUGGAAUCAGCAUUAAGUAAUACACUGACAUUAAAUGGAAUUCGAAAUAUUCAAGUAGUAGGUUUCAGAGAAGGAAGCGUCAUUUGCAGAGUCGAAAUCGAAGCUGACAACUCCGUAUCAGAGCAAGAUAUUAUUGAUGACUAUCGGAAUUCGAAUGCAACCGAAAAGUCAAUAUUUGCUGCCUCCGGGCUUAAAAUUCCUACGUCUAAUGUGGCAACGACAUCAGUCACCAAUAUAGAAACUUCCACAGAAGGUGAUAACAUCGACGUUUUAAAACUAAUUUAA